AUGACUAACUACGCGCCGGAAAGUGAGUUUCCAACAAUGGCCAGUAUUGUUUCGGACACAAACACGAUGGUAGGAAGUAAUUACAAGAGUUCCAAAUCAGUAACCGACAGAACUUAUUCAUAUUCGACCAAACACGAGGCUUACCGCAGAGCUGGAGACGAGUUAUUGAGAUUGGUUCAGAUGCAAGAGUAAGUGACGGUUCUUUUGUCUAUUUUUGUGUUUUUAGGUAAUAGAGGAGUUUAAUUAAAGAUGGUAUGCAUUUUAAAAUAAAUAAACUUGAAGUUGAAUACGCAUAUGUAUAAAAGAUUAUAGGUAACAACUUUAAUAUCUUUGAUAAUGAAGAUGUAUUAAUUUAUGACAUUUUUAGCUUGUUAUUGAACGAAAACAAUGAAAAUUACUCGCCAAGGUCUUCAAAGUUUUCAUCAGCGUAAGUUUACUUGUCUUACUUCAACUAUAAUAACAAUAGCCUUGUUUUCUUAUUACUGGACUAUAAUGAUCAUAAUUAUAACGUCAGUCUACCGUAACAAGAAAGAAUUUAUUUAUAGAGCGCCAGAAGUGGCACGUCGUGAUUCGCUGUACGAUCCCUCACCUCAAAAAGUGAUGCGAAUCCCAGAGCCGGACAAAGUAACUGACGAUAUUGUUGCCCAAACACGUGAAUCCAGAUUGCAAAAAAGCAAAAAGGCCGAAAGUUGGGUAAAACAAUGUUCGGAUUUAUCGAAGGGGCACAAGAAGUCAGAAGACGUUGCGAAAACAAUCAAAUCUAAACGGUAACGGACCUUUCUUUGGAUUUUUCUUGAAAUUUUAGGCUAAAUAAAGGUAAAGGGGUUUUGCCAGGCUUGUGAGCUACUUUUAUUUAUAUCCUUUUGCUACGUACAACAACAAUUAAUUGUCUGUUACGUUUCACUACUAUAACAUAAAGUAUGUUUAGAAUAACAUCAAGAACGACUGAUCGAGUAUCCGACGAGAUUCUGGUAGAUUUAUGGGACAUUAGAGACGAAUACAAGAGAGGAUUGGUGAUGGAAAGUGAAGCCUUGAGGAAUAUGGGCCGAUCAAGGCUUGCCCAACGGCCAUUCUCAACACAAGGACGGUUGGAACAUUUGGAACAGCCUUUUGUGUCACCCAGAUAUAGUGAUCAUUGUGAAGUGUGAGUUUAAACUCAUGAUUUGUUAUGCUUUUGGGGUAAAAAUGUUGAUGUAGACUUUGAAUUUGGGGUAAAAUGUGGCUGUAAACAAAGUUUUGAUGAAUUUUUGAAGAUUUUUUGAUUUUGGAGGGAAGUUUUUUUUAUUUUUGUUUUGUAAAGGAAGUUGUUUUUCUGUAAAGAAAGUUUUUGCAGUUUUUUUAUAAAAAAAAAUAUAAAUUUGGUUCCAGCUGUUCACACCGCCCAAUCUCCGAGCCAUUAGUCCAAGACUACAAAUACAAAACCGCGAAUCAACUUCAACGUGAACUGCUACAGGCUCAGAAGCAGCUGGCUACAUAUCCUCCACUCAAAUCCAAAUACCCUCUGCUGAGAUACUACCUCUAA